AUGAACAAAACAAGAAGUACCUACCGCGCCCUCCUCCGCGAACUCCCCCGCCGACAGCUCUCCUCCCCGACGCCUCUGCACCAGCGCAUCCGCGCGCUCUACCGCGUGCCCAUCUCCGAAACCCAGCGCUCGAACCAAACAGCCGCCGAGGCGCUGAGCCACCGCCUCCAAGAAGCAGAGCAGAUGGCGCUGUAUGCGCGCGCGCAACGCACGUAUGCGGCGCUCGUCGAACGGUAUAAUCCGGGUAUGACGAUGGAUGAGAAGGAGAAGAUUAGGUUGACGGCGAGGAGGGUGGGGUGGGAUUUGCCGGUUGAGGCGGAGGGGGAGGGUCAGGCUGGGGGUCAAGGGGAGAAGAAUUGA